AUGUACAUUCCCAAUUCCAAGUGGACAUGGCUGUUCGUUGUCAUUGUCGUCAUCCAGGCGGCUGUGAUUCUCGGUCUUGAAUCAUAUGUUUUUGCCGAUUUCCAGAUCCAUCUCCAGACCGUCAAAGCCGUCGACAGUAAGAGCUCAACAAAAACCAUUCCAACCUUCCUUUCGCUCUAUAUCUUUGGAUUUGUUUACGAACUAGUACUUGCCUACGACGCUUUGCGGCUCAAGAACACUAUUCAAAUUAUUGGACUCUGUAUCUGCAACGUUGGAUUGCUGAUCUACGGUGCAGUGCAGAUUGAGCAGAUCCAAGAAGCCGUCGACCUCUUGGACGGAAUCGGUGCUUUGGACAAUGAUCUCUGGGACCAGACUAAGCCUAUUCUCAUUGCCAUUCCCUGCAUUCUCGGCUUAACUUCUGUCUUGAUGAUUGGCGUGGCAUGGAAAUUGUACGACGAAUUUGCAUGGACUAUCUACAAACAUAUUAGCGCCGACCUGCGUAUGAAACGUCGGUAUCUGACGUAUCAGAUCUACAUUGCCUUGUUGAAGUUUGAUUUCUUCUUCUUCCUGGGCUUUACCGUGCAGUUUGUCGUGGUUGUUACCGGAAGAACCAAUACCGAGUUUGCCUUGACUAUCGCUGCCAUUCCGGUCACCAUCAUCAUUCUUGUCUUUGCCGCAUACUUUACACGGCGCGAGAGUACUGCCGGCAUGUGUGCCGUUAUUGUUCUAUAUAUCGGCGGCUUGGCAUACUUCCUCUUCAAGCUUGUGCGCAUGUAUCAACCAUCGAGGGAAGCCGAAUAUACCUCGGCGCGACGAUCACUGACGUUCUUUGCUGUCAUUACCCUGCUCCUCAUUGUGUCGACGAUCGUCAAUGCCAUCAUAUGCACGAUCAACUUCCACAAGGGGCUGAAGCCGCACAUUUGGAAGCCACGCAAGAGCAAUGACGAGGAAAAGUCCACCGAAAUGGGCCCACAAACGCCCGGUGAUGAUAACCCAUCACGGAUGAUGAUCGAUUAA